AAAUCGCGCGCAUCUAAGCAAGAGUAGGCACGCAAAAAACAAGUUUGAGUUUUCAACAUCAACAACAAGAAAUUCGAGAAAAAAGCAACAACAAAACACACACACACACACGCUCUCACAUAAAACUCCAAUUGGACUAACAACUUGACUCGGGCUGAGUGGUGGCGUUGAAAAGAAUUCAAAUUGGAUUUACAAAGAACAGCAGACUUCCUAUGAGAAUCUUUUGCACCUUUAGAGAGAAAAAAAAUACCGGAAGUUAAACGUAAAGUGAGCCUAGAAAAAUAACGUAAUUUUGAACACGUCUCAACGAUGACAAUUUAACACAUUGAUGGAAAUAAAUUUUAUUGCCAACAAACAAAAAAUUACCAACAACAACAAAAGCCGUCGGGUUAAAAUUUGCGCUUAAAGAAAAAACGUUUUAAAAAAAAAUUUCCGUGUAAUUGUUAUUUAAAUUAAUUUAAUUACAAAUUUUCCUCAAAAUCCUUGACCUUGUCGUGUCUUUAAAAACAAAACUUUUAGCAAAAAAAAAAAGAGAGAACGUGCUACAUACCUUCGUUAUUUAAACACGUUCCUACCAUUAGGAUUGACCUUUUAAACGUCAAACAAGUGUCAAGUUAUUAAAAUAAUUUACAUUUUACAUUGUCUGUCGUUGCCGCGCUCGCUGUCGUCUGUAGCGUCUUAAUCUGUUUUUACUGUAUCAUUAUCUGGUUCGUUCGUUCUUUCUCUGUCUGCUUUACUCUCUCACCCUUCUUCUUUUACACCGCUUGUCUACAUACAUAAUUAUUGUUGAAAAAUGCAAAAACAAAUUAAAUUUUAAGGUCAACAUUUUUUUCCAUUUGUUUAUUUCGCAUUCUGGUCAAAUGUUUAUGCAAAACAUUUAUUAUGUCAAUUUAAAGUGACAGUUUUAUUCUACUACAAUAUAAAAAAAUAUAAAAAAACAAAAGAAAAAUCAACUAUAAUAAAAAGUGUCAAAGUUUUUAACCCAAAAAUAAUAAAAGUUCUUUUAAAAUUAUAAUAAUAUAAAAAAACAUUUCGCUUAUCCCCAACAAUAUGUACUUUGUGUAUAUUUAAAAGAUAAAUAGUGUUGCCAGUUAUAGGAAAAAAAAAACAACUGAAAUUAAAAUAUGGCAUCCUAUCAAAUUGAUUGUGGAUAUCCGACGGCAAAUCAGUUUUUAACAUCCAGUCAUCUGCUCUCAAGCGGUCAUCCAAAUGUACAAUCACCUUUAGCGGCCACAACACUUACCUCGACUUCUUCAUCCAUAAGUCCCUCACCCGCUGCUGGAGCUGAUAAUAGUGUAACUAGUAGUAAUAGUGACAGUUCGGCGGGCACUCUAACACCGGAUGCAGUCUCACAAACCUCUGCCUUAGGUAGUACAACUACUGCAACGGCUGCCUGCAGUUCAGUGGAGAAUCCUUCCAAUCCAUAUCCCCUGACUGCCACUGCUACCGCUAUUUCACCCAAUUGUUGUGAUAAUGGGCGACCCAUGGUAACAGAUCCCAUAACGGGACAAAGCAUAUGUUCUUGCCAAUAUGAUGCUAAUAAUUCAACAAGACUGUCUACAUUGGGUUCCUAUCCACGAUUGUCAUCGGCUACACCGGUGGCGGGUGUUGGUAUGAGUGUAUUUGGUUCAACAUAUCCCUCAAAUGAUCAAAAUCCCUAUCCGAGUAUAGCUGUUGAAAGUGCAACGCCGUUCUACACAAGUUUGACAACCCCCUAUGCCUUAAAAGAUACUGCAAGUAGUGCGGCCGCUUGGACUUCGACGCCGUUGCAGCCAUCGAGUUAUUAUACAUAUGAUCCAACAUUUGGUGCGUGCGGUUAUGGCGCCAGUUAUGAUUUAGCAUCACGUCGCAAGAAUGCUACACGAGAGUCGACGGCAACACUGAAGGCCUGGCUAAAUGAACACAUGAAAAAUCCAUAUCCAACCAAAGGCGAGAAGAUCAUGCUGGCAAUAAUCACUAAAAUGACUCUGACGCAGGUCUCCACAUGGUUCGCCAAUGCGCGCAGACGUUUGAAAAAAGAAAACAAAAUGACAUGGGAACCCAAGAAUCGUACGGAAGACGAAGAUGCUCUGGGCUCAGAUGAUGAGAAAGAACAUGAAGAUGAUGCUAGAAUACGUUCGACAUCAAGUACAAGUGUAGCUGCAUCUGCUGCUCCACUACAGACGCCAGCAAUGCCAACGCUUAAACGUGUCGAAUAUGAGACGCAUUUAAGUGCAACAGGUGGUAAUGGCGCUAUAGGCCUUAACAACAAUGUGGCAAACAGUGGUGGUGGUGCUGUUGGUAGUGCCGGUGCAUUGACUGGCGUGGGUGUUGCAACAGAUCUCACUGGAAAUCAUCAUCAUCAUAGUAUUUCAGGAUUAAGCACGCAAGUGAAAGAUCCCUACCAUUUGGCUUUACCUCAAAACUUGCAACAGUAUUCAACAAAUUUCUAUUAUACCAAUGCCGCUGCUGCAGCAGCUGUCAAUCAACAAUAUUCACAUCCACAGCAUGCAGCAGCAACUGCAACAACACUAUCACCAACAAUGAGACCUCAGAUCAGUUAUGACACAUCUCUAUUAAUGCCUCCUCAACAUCACUUGUUGUCAGCAUCCUCCUCAUCAUCAUCGUCUGCAGCAGCAGCAGCAGCAACAUCAGCUGCUGGUUACACUGUAGAACGCCGAUAGCACCAAAUGUAGUUUAAUUUAAUUUUUAUACAAACAAGUUUCCAUUAAUAUGGAAAACAAAAAUUUCAAAAGAUUGCAAACAAACAAAAAAAAUGAAACAUUCAAAACAAUUAUUAUUAUUACUUUUUUAAUUUAAAUAUUUAUAACAAAAAAACAAAAGAACUUUUUCAACUGUUGUAAACGUAAAAAAAAUAAAAAAAAAUAUUCUCUAACUGGGCACAAGUGCAAAAAGAAAAAAAAAAA